AUGUCUGAAGACAAUUUCAAUGAACAAGUUCAAGCUGUUCUCGGUAUGGUCAAUGUUCUAGCAGCACAAUCAAAUAAUGAGGAAAUUCAACAAGUUACUGGCGUUUUUGAAGAUUUUUUUAGAAAUAAUUUUAUAGAACUCGUAAUUAUUCUAGAUUUUAUACUAAGAUCGGAAGUAGCAGACAAUAUCAGAUACUAUGUAUUUGUUAUUUUGAAAAGAGCUUUUACUGUUUUAAUUUCAAUGCCAUAUGAAAAUAAACAGUCAAUAAUAAGAGAAUUUGGUAAAGAGCAAAUGGAUUUAUUCCAGCUAGCAUUUGAAAAUGCUUACUCAGAAAAUGCUGAUAUCGCUAGAUUAGCCUGUAAUAUUUGUGCUCAAAUGCUUGUUUCCUGUCCUGGGAGGCCAACAGAAGGAUCAGAGUUCGAUUUUCAAGAAGUCUUUGACGAGCUGAUACAUAAUAACAUUGAAAAUGAAGGAAAUCCAAACAGAUAUUUACAAACCAUUAUUAUUUACAAAGAAUUAGCAGAUUGCAAGUUCUGGAAAGAUCCAAACUAUCAUAGAGAGCAAUACAUGUCGUUUAUUCAAAUAUUAUCAUUUAUUUUAUCAGAAGAUUUCAUCAAUAACAUUAAAAGCUCAGAAACUUACGAAGAAUUACUUUUCAACGCUGUAUGCGCCAUUUACUAUACCGAUACUCAAUGUAAUGGCCGCUUUUCUUCUUCAUCUGAAAAUGUGAAAAAUUUUCUCUCUGCAUGUGUUCUUUGGCUACCAGAAUCAUCCGAACAGCUCUUCAGAAUUACAUACGAUACAUUGGCAGUCAUAGCCAGAUGCAGUUACACUCAAAAAAUUCCAUUUGGUUUAAAUCUUCCACUUUUCAUCAAUAUUAUUACCAAUGGCUUAUCAUGUCCUGGCGAUUAUCUCAUCGCAACCCUUGAUUGCAUCUACGAAAUUGCUUUUUACGAGUAUUCUUUGUAUUUAGAAAAAAAUCGCAGUUUCUUUUUAUACGACUCCAGCAAUCGCCUCAUGAUCUUAGAUUAUGGACGAAAUCCAGAGAAAACACCAUGUGAAUCAUCAUUUAUCCCUCAAAAUAUUUCGAUGAAUAUUUUAUCUUCAGAAGGAGUGUUGAAUCAGCUUAUAACUCAUAUCAUAACCAUCGAUAAGAACUCCACUGAUAUCGGUGUUGGUAACGAUUACUCGAUAUCUUACUCAGCAACCAUGGCAUUGCGAUAUCUUAUUGUAAUGACGCCAAAUUAUCUAAUAACGUUACUUGAAAUAGUUGAAAACCUUCUUAAUAGUAGUGAAUGGACAGAUAACUAUGGAGCAAUUCUUAUUUUAGAGUCUCUUUCCUCUGUUUUUCAGUAUUCUCAAGUUUUCACAUUCAUUAUUCGGAACAAACAGAUAUUUUUUGAAUAUAUGAGAUCAGAUAUCACUAUAUUAUCUGGUGGAACAAUGAUAUUUAUGAUCGCUGCCUUGAAAAAGUACUCAAUAGCACUUGUUUCUUUGGAUUUCCUAAAUUAUCUUCUUGAAACAUUGGAAGGAACACUGAUAUACAAGAAUACAACUCUUACUGUUGAUUGUCUGAAGCUCAUGGCCCAGUUUGUGUCCUCUUUACACCCGAAAAACAAAAGUGGGUUAUAUUCUACAACACAAAAACUUCUUUUGAACAUGAGGAAGGAGAUAAAUGUUCCUCUUAUCCAAUCAACAAUCGACAAAGUCCUCAAACCGAUCAUUUUUGAGGAUGACCAAAUAUCUGUUUCUGAUUCAAAGGAACUUUACGUAUAUUAUGAUGGAUUCAUCAAUGAUUUCAUCAAAGAAGCAGAGCCGCCACUUGAUAUAUACCAAGUUUCAGUUCUAAGUACUUCUUUUGAGAACUUAUCCAUAACAAUUUUGAAAUUUGUUGAAAAUGAUCAGUCUGUUUUAUCUAAUUUCAUGGAAAACAUGCGCCCAUUCUUUAAUUGUGCUGAUUCUGAGCUCCUUUUCAUGUUAAAUAUCUCAUUUAACACACUUUUCCAAAGAAUUCCAAAUUUAAUGAAAAGUUAUUCAUCACUUUUCAUUGAAAAAAUCAGUGAAUACCUUCAUUCUCAAGAUCCUUCGCUAGUUAAACAAGCGACGGAGACUGCAAGAAUGUUUUUCGAGUACAUUGUCGUUAAUGAUCAAGAUUUGAUUUCUCAAACAGACGAAAUCAUCAAAAAAUUGUUUGAUUUGAUAGAAAACAGCAGUUCUGACAUUGUUGGCAUCUUCCAAGGCGAAGUUGUUGCUGCGUUAGGUGCUGCUGUAUAUAGUUAUGGUGAUUCAGCUCCUGUAGAUAUGAUCAAUCGUCUUGUUGGAAUCAUUGAUUCUGUUUUGAAAUUCGAACCAGAUUUAGAAAACGAAGAAGAAAGACAAAGUUGGUUGAAUUUCUACAAAUUCAUUUUCUAUGCAUUGAAACUUCUUGUUUUCAAUGUUAAUUACUUCUGCGGAGAGCCUCCUUACACAGCACAAGAAGGAAGGAGAUUCAAGAUGUGGUACAAGAGAGAUUUGUUCAAAUACAUCAACAGAAGAAUUAUUUUGAAUGAUUUGUAUGAUAAUGACUUCUUCAGCGUUUUCUUGGAUUUCUGCGAAAGUUCUCUAAGUAAUCUGAAAACGAAUGUCAACAUUGAUAUGAAUAAUAAGUUUACAAUACGAAUAUUGAAAAAGGCUGUCAUUUGUGAUGAUAUGUUUAUUUCUAAAAGAGCAUUGGAUUUCAUUGAUCUUGCAAAGAAUUCUUAG